GGGCUCUCCGUGAGGAAGAACAGCAGAGGGAGACACCAGCAGGGCACCCUGGCCGACAGAGUAGCUGUGGUCACGGGCUCCACUGACGGGAUUGGCCUUGCCAUCGCUCGACGUCUCGCUCAGGAUGGUGCCCACGUGGUCAUCAGCAGUCGGAAGCAGCCGCAUGUGGACCGGGCAGUCGCCACCUUGCAGGGCGAGGGGCUGAGCGUGACGGGCACCGUGUGCCACGUGGCAAAGGCUGAGGACCAGGAGCGGCUGGUGGCCACGGCCUUGGAGCACUGUGGGGGCGUGGACUUCCUAGUGUGCAAUGCUGCGGUCAACCCUCUGGUGGGGAGCACUCUGGGAGCCAGCGAGCAGGUGUGGAACAAGAUCCUGGAUGUGAAUGUGAAGGCCCCGGCUCUGUUGCUGAGCCAGCUGCUGCCCCACAUGGAGAAGAGGGGGGGUGGUGCUGUCAUUCUGGUCUCUUCCAUUUCGGCUUACAAGCCGUAUGUGCCAGACGCCAGCUACAUCACCGGGGAGAGCAUCGUGGUGGCCGGCUUCUCCCCUCGCCUCUGAGGAGCCUGGGGCUGUGGAGCUG